AUGAAUUUAAAAAAGGUUUCAAGCAAAAUUUGUGGAUUGCGUAGCUGUCUUUCGGCAAGACAUGCCAGCUUUCAAUAUAUCAGUGACGAGCUUUGUGUUCCAUCCCCACCUCACUUCGACGUCCUUUUUAAAGCUUUAGACACUCCACCGAAAAGCAUUUUAAUGGUAAAAGGUUCCACUGAUAACUUGCUUAGUGGUGAAAGGAAUUCUCGCCAAAUGGAAGUGAUGAGAGUUGCUUCACCACAAAAACGGCUAUUUGCAGCUUUUGGAAGGUCCGUGAAGCAAGUUGACAUUCAAGAAGGGUUGAGAGAUGAAAGGACGAUUUUCUUUCUCACCCAACCACCCCCACAUAUAGAUUCAGUUCAGGAAGCAGUAAAAACGUCUAACACAGUCCAUUUGAAAGCUGGAUUUUCCACAGAGAUUAUGAUGAUAAAUUGGCGCACACUUGAACAUAACAGAGGAAGUUUUAGAACAGUUCAAGAUAAGUUAAAACAGUCACACAAAUCAUUUCAACAAAUUAAAGUCUUUGAAAUUUCUUUAUCUCAUGAUCCGAAGCUUAAUCUAACGAGACUUUGA